CUCCUGCGCUACGCCGGGACUCUUCGCCCCCCAACUCCGGAGAUGGGGAACAUGGCAUGCGUUCCCCAAGCGCCCGGCCGCUUCAGGUACUCUUUUUCCAGGAAACCCUCCUUCAAGAAAGAACAAGAGAGCAAGAAAAAACUGGCCGAGCUCUUUGGGUUUGAGGUGGAGCAGGAGCGAGAUGUAACUUCAGACAAAAUUCUCCAAUAUAUUCCUGCAAAGAACUUUGCCAGCCAAGAGAAUGGAAAGGAAAACUUGGACCAGCGGUUCCCCAGCCUAUUCAAGAAGGGACGGAGGAGAACGGUGGUCCGGAAUCUGGGGAAAAUAAUCCACUACUCCAAACUCAAAUUUAAGUUUCAGCACUGCCAGGAAGCAAACGACUGCUAUUUGGAGCUUUUUCAAGAAUUCCUCUAUUUUCAGUCCCUUGGCCCCAACGGACACAAGUAUCAGGGUUUGCUACCCCUGACAGAACUGCGGGUGGCCAAACUUGAAAAUGAAAAUGGAAUUCAAGAAGAUCUGCACGCUUUUCAAAUUACAGGCCCGCUGCUCUCCCCCCUGACCAUCUACUGCCCCAGCCAGACGGAACUGAAGCACUGGCUCUACCACCUGGAGAAACAGAUCGAUUUAAACGGAGGGCGCCCGGAUUUGCCCCUGGAGACUCAGAGGGUCUGGACGCAGGGCGCGCCGGGCAAGGAGCAGCUGCGGUGGUCAAUGCAAAAUGCCCACGUGCAGGAAUGGAAGGGCACCCAGCGCAAGUCUCUGGGCGACAUCCUGUGUGUCUCCAAAGUGAAGCUGCAGCAUUUACCUUUCCAGGAACAGCAUCAUCGCUGGUUGGUGCUCUAUCCUUCUACCCUGGUUAUCGUAUCUGAAGAACACAAUGGCCUCUACUUCAAG